CUAAUGUCUGACAAUUGUACUUCUUAUUUAUAGCAGAUCUUUUGAAUCUGCAGCUUAUUUUUACUCCAUGCUGAUUCAUAUUAGCCUAAAGUACUUUGCUUUAACUAGAUAAGAUACUUUGUUUUACCUGACUGUAAUUUAUAAGCUGUUCAGAGAGCAGAUCCGGAAAGAGGAAUGUUUUGUUUCUCUAGAACACUGUGAAUUUGCAAUCUUUUAGUGUUCCAGUCUUUCAGAUAUGAACUUGAAAGUGCGUUUAAUGAGACUUACUCCCAGCUCAUGGUAUUAAAUUUAAAUUGUGUGUCAUGGAUGACACUGCUUUGUCACUUGGAGCAAUAGAUGUUUCCUAUUCUUCGUCUUCAUCAGAAUGCACUGUUUCUAGAUGUAAACACUCCAGUGAAGAAUGGGGAGAAUGUAAUUCUAGGCCUACUGUCUUCCGGUCAGCCACUUUAAAAUGGAAAGAGACUCUACUGGGCAGGAAUAGGCCAUUUGUGGGACGCUGCUGUUACGUAUGCACUCCUCAAAGCCGGGACAAGCUUUUUAAUGCUAGUAUUCCUUCUUUGGGCCUUCGUAAUGUCAUCUAUAUUAAUGAAACACACACACGGCACAGAGGGUGGCUUGCCAGGCGGCUCUGUUAUGUUCUUUUUGUUCAAGAACGAGAUGUUCAUAAGGGUAUGUUUGCAAAUAAUGUGACAGAAAACGUCCUGAAUAGCAGCAGAGUGCAGAAUGCUAUUAUAGAGGAGGCUUCGGAAAUGUCUGCUUUGGCUGGCUCUGGUCAGCUGGACCCCAGAACCACCAGCAAGGUCAAGAAGAAAGCUAGAAGAAUUCUUCAGGAAAUGGUAGCAAAUGUCUCACCUGCUUUAAUCAGGUUAACAGGAUGGGUGUUGCUGAAAUUAUUUAAUAGCUUUUUUUGGAAUAUCCAGAUUCACAAAGGCCAACUGGAGAUGGUGAAAGCAGCAACUGAGCUAAAUUUGCCCCUUAUCUUCCUACCUGUUCACAAGUCUCACAUUGACUACUUGCUUCUCACAUUCAUUCUUUUCUGCCAUAACAUCAAAGCACCCUACAUCGCAGCAGGGAAUAAUCUGAAUAUCCCAAUUUUCAGCACCUUAAUACACAAACUUGGAGGCUUUUUUAUUCGGCGAAAGUUGGAUGAAAGGCCUGAUGGUCGUAAAGAUGUUUUGUAUAGAGCUCUACUCUAUGUGCAUGUCCAAGAAUUGCUUCGGCAGCAACAGUUCUUAGAGAUAUUCCUGGAGGGCACACGAUCCCGGAGCGGAAAGACUUCCUGUGCAAGAGCAGGCCUCUUGUCUGUCGUGGUGGAUGCUCUGUAUGCAAAUGCUACCCCUGACAUGCUCAUUAUACCAGUGGGAAUAUCCUACGAUAGAAUAAUCGAAGGUCACUACAAUAGCGAACAGCUGGGAAAGCCCAAGAAGAAUGAAAGCCUUUGGAGUGUAGCCAGAGGAGUCUUUCGAAUGCUGAGGAAGAAUUAUGGGUGUGUUAGAGUAGAUUUUGCACAACCAUUUUCUUUAAAGGAGUAUUUAGAUGGCCAAUGUCAGAAACCUGUGCCUCUACCUCUUUCUUUGGAGCAAACUCUCCUACCAGCUAUAUUGCCUUCAAGGCCUAAUUAUGUAGUAGAAGAAGGUACAGAAGCUACCCUUCCUGAUUCCAAGGAUUUAACCUGUGAACCUUUGAGGAGGCAGUUAAUAGCUAACUUGGCAGAGCACAUAAUGUUCACUGCUAACAAGUCAUGUGCUGUGAUGUCAACACACAUUGUUGCCUGUUUGCUGCUCUACAGACAUCGGCAGGGAAUUGAUCUUUCCAAGCUGGUGGAAGAUUUCUUUUCCAUGAAGGAGGAGGUCCUGGCACGGGACUAUGACUUGGGAUUUUCUGGGAAUUCUGAAGAUGUUGUUAUGCACGCCAUCCAUUUGUUGGGAAACUGUAUAACUAUCACAAACACCAGUCGGAAUAAUGAGUUCUUCAUCACUCCCAUCACAUCUGUUCCAGAUGUCUUUGAACUCAGCUUCUACAGCAAUGGGGCACUGCAUGUGUUCUUCAAAGAGGCUAUCAUUGCUUGCAGUCUACAUGCAGUACAGAAUAAAAGACACAGAAAUGGCAUCAAUGGAAUUCCAUCCAAUGUGAUUAGUCAGGAGCAUUUGGUCCGCAAAGCUGCCAGCUUAUGUUAUUUGCUUUCCAAUGAAGGCACUAUUUCAUUGCCCUGUCAGCUCUUAUGUCAAGUGUGCCAUGAAGCAAUUGAACGGUUCAUACAAUAUGGCAUUCUUGUGGUGGCAGAGCAGGAUGAACAGGAUGAUAUUAGCCCUAGCCUUGCAGAGCAGCACUGGGAAAAGAAACUCCCAGAGCCAUUAUCCUGGAGGAGUGAUGAGGAGGAUGAAGACAGUGACUUUGGGGAAGAGCAGCGGGAUUGCUACUUAAAGGUGAGCCAGUCGCAGGAACACCAGCAGUACAUCACCUUCCUGCAGAAACUAUUGGGACCCUUACUGGAAUCAUACAGUUCUGCUGCCACCUUCAUCCAUAAUUUCAGUGGUCCUGUCAGGGAAUCUGAAUAUCUUCAAAAAUUACACAAAUACUUGAUAGCUAGAACAGAAAAGAAUGUUGCAGUAUAUGCUGAGAGUGCCACCUAUUGCCUUGCAAAAAAUGCAGUGAACAUCUUUAAGGACAUGGGGGUGUUUAAGGAGACAAAGCAGAAGAGAGACUCUAUUUUGGAAUUAAGCAGUACUUUCCUACCUCAUUGUAAUCGGCAGAAACUACUGGAAUUCAUUAUGGGUUUUGUUAUACUGUAGAAUGCAUCCGUCUGCUUGUGCCAGCAAGAAGACUGGAAGACUUGGAGAAUGUGACACAAAGCUUCAGGGCUUCUGCUGCUUCCAUAGUGUGUAUAGUGCCAUUUUUGGUAAGGCCUUAUCUGACCCAAACCACUGGAAGACAAGUGCCUUCUUAUACAUGCAUGUCUGGAUCUAUAAGAUUUGGUAGCCUAUCAAACAUUUAAAACACUUUGGAUGGAAGUGAUAAGCCAUGUUUGCAAACAAACACUAGUUUUCAUGAACCUGUAUCCAGUGUUGCAUUUUUACAAUGCAAAGUGUUACAUUCACUUCAGGACUAAUGACUGUGACAAAUGCACAAACAUAUUUACCAGCAAUCUGUCAUUAAUACUGUUUUGAAUAUCAUGAAAAAAGUUCAGCAUAAUGUAUGAACUUUGCAAAAGUCUUGUCAGCAAGAACAAUUCAUUCUGUUCAUUACUGCAAAUAAAUGGUUUCUGAGAAAAUCUGAAUGCAGUCAGGAAAAGGGCAUUUAACUUUGGUUUCUACUGUACUGAACAUUCAGAUUUAUUUGCAUUUUACAUUAAAACUACUAAGAUUUUUUUGAUUUUGAUUUUGAAUCAAAAGAUUGUUUUCAGCUUGCUACUUGCUUGCAUUUCAUUCUCUGAAGUGAUUAUUUAAGCUCUAUAAAUUUCAGCAAUAACAUUGAAGUAUUUCAUGUUAGCCCAUUCUAAUCUUGAGUAAUACUGGGUGGUGGAGGAUAAUUGUUUGACAUAAAAAUAUUGCAAGCAACUCGUGCUCAAGCAGACACAUAAAUGGGUGUAGGUGUCUGAAUACUGUGAUAAAGUUUAGUGUUCAUACUCUAAAGCUCUUAUUCUGCAUAAUCCUAUAGAACAAUGGCCACUCACAAAGUAAAUAGUAGGUUGAUUACAGUGCAAGAUCUAAAGGUUCACACAGUUGUUUAGCUAAAGCAAUAAGCAUGGCAUUCAUUCUUUAGAGAAACUGGAUCGUUUCUCCUUCUUGCCUUAUCAAUUAAAGACGUAUUUCAGUUUCUGCAGACUCUCCUCAUUUUAGUUGGAGAACAUGAAACAGUUUGAUCCACAAUUGAUAAGGCCCUCUGUUGAUGUUUUUUAAUUAAAACGUAUGCCCAAGUGACGAAGGCAUUGUACAUUCACUCCAGUCCAGUGCUUCUGUGCAGUUUUAGCUUGUAUGUUUACUCCACUAUUGUGUUUACUACACAUUUAUUAAAAUCAUGUUUUACAAGUAUUUUAUGGAUGAAAGCAAUUAACAGGUUGCAAUCUUUCUCAGUAUUCCCACAAAACAAUUCCAUAUGAGAGACACUUCUAUGCAUGUUUCCCAUUACUAAAUAGGUGGUUUGAAACAUUUAAGAUGCAUUUCUGAGCCCAAGUUGCAUCAUAUCAGUGACAGAAGCAGGAAGUAAACCUGAAUUAAUUAAUUUGUUUUACCAUUUCCAGCAGGAUAGCAGCUGAAAUGAACUCAAUUUGUUCUAAUAAAGCAUACUAGCUUCUUAGAAAGAUUAAAUCUCAUCCUUGCUAAUGUGCACUAUUUGUUAAAAUGAAUGUUUUCUCUGAAUAGCAAUUUCUAGAUUGCCGAUGGCUUCCAUUUAAGGUCAGAUAAGUAGGUAGUUGUAAAUAACUUCCCAUUGUUUUACUACAUUAUCAGUAAACAUUGAAUGUAUGCUAGAAUGAAGAUUGUGUAUUAACAAAACAAAAAAAGAGACCCAAGCAAUAUAUAUUGUGGAUGAUGCUUGGCUAACUUUAAUGAAAAUAUGACUAAUUUUAAGAAAUGAAAGACUAGGAAUUAGCUUGGAGAAAGUAAUUGCUGGUUGUCACUAAUGAAAAUAAUUUAUUGCUUUAUUAAAAUGUUUGCGGGAUGUGGCAAUGUGCAUUUGAGUCAGUUAAUAUGUGUAGUAUAUUGUAAUUGCUUGAUGUGAAGGGAUGCUUUUUAAAUGUAGACUUUAUAAGCUGAGAGCCUUUGCAUGUUCAGAAAUGUCAAGCUGUGAAUGUUGUGCAGGGACAGAGAGAGAGAGAGAUCCUCUUGUAGCAUGGAGUUGUGUAUGUACAUGCUUACAUGUGGGUUAGUUUUGCUUUUCCACAAAGGUAAAGCACAAAGCUCCUAAAUCGAAUUUUGCCCUUCUGGGAGUUUAUUUUUAAGCCCUGAUAGAUGUAAAGUGUUCGUUUCUGUGCUGCUGGAGGACAUCUUCUUUGGGUUAUCCUUCCCAUAGGCUCCAGAAGCAGGACUAUGCUAAUGAACUGAAAGAUUUAAGAGCCUGGGAAGGAUAGCUCAACCCAGUUUUCUGUAGUCCUGCUCCAGAGACAGCCUUCUCUCUUAUCUUUUCCAAGGCCUUUACCUCUCUUCCUCAGUCUAUUAAUUUUACGUUAUCCUCAGUUCUUUUUCUUUUUAAUCUUGUUUUUUCUCUCCGCGUUAUUUCUACUUUAAAAAAAAUCUCCCCCCCCCCAUCCACUCUUUCCUUCUAUCCCUGGACUCUUCCUCAACUCUUCUCUCCAGGAUACAGAGACAGGGACCACCAGUUAGGAUUGUUUUUUCACCAAAAGGAAGGAAUCACUCCAGCUUCUCGCCCAAACAGCCCUCAAGCGUGCCGAGCACCACCAGGUCCUUGUCAUCACUGCCCAACUCCCCCACAACUGGCACAACCCAGAAGAGGGUCCUUCAGGCACUUCAACCACUGCCUCCGUGGGCUUGUCUUUGCCUUCUGUCCGGCGGGGGUGGGGGGCCCUGAGUCCAGCAGAGGCCAUAGAGGGCCAUAGAGGUCACAGCGGAGCCUUCUCAUGCUUCAACCUGAGGCCCGCCCUUCUUCAUGGCUUCCUCAGUGUCCACCAUCUUGCUGCCUGAACUUGCACAACAGGGAGGAGCAGCUACAGGUCAGGAACAGCCAACACAGCCGACAGGGCCUAGCAGCCGAGAUCAGCAGCAGCUAGGUCAGCUGAUGGAGGUCUUGUGGCCGCCGCCAAUAGCGGGACAAGAGUAGCAGUUGGGGGGCCAUCAGGGCCAGAGCGCCUUGUAUCCACCAUGUGGCAGCCCCCCGAACAAUGGAGGUGGCAACAAGGCAACAGGCAUUGGAGGCAGCUCCCAAAUUACGCAAGUGCUGGUGAGACGGCUCGCUUCCACACCAGUCGAGAAUGUCAUUCCUACAGAACUAUAGGAACUGGUGAGACCUGGGCUAUCUGCCAACCCACCUAGAAACUCUCCCAUAAAUCUAACCCAGCUAAUGCCCCUACUCCCUCUAGGGAAUAAUCCAUUGGGCCCCAUAGCACCUGAUGUAAUCCCUUGCCUUAGACCUACCUACUAAAUAAUGAGGUCCCACUUGCCUGGCAGAUAUGGUUUCAAAAUAUGCUGUUCCAGUUGCUAAAGCAGAAAAGGUCCUCAAAAAGGGGGGGGGCAUAAGUAGAGAAGGUGGGAGUCUUCCUCCUCACCCUCCUUCCUCUAGUCCAGUUUCCAGAGGAUCUAAUUGGGGGGAAAUACAUAGUAAGUCACUUAGGGCAAAUGGGCAUAAACGUACUUCUAUGAUUCUCUUGAUCCCCAUCCAAAUGUACCAGAGGAUCACAAAGAGGCAGAUCCAGGCGGCCUAGAUCCAGAACUUAACCACACACACACACCCAACCAUACCUCUGGACUCUCAUUCUGCCCCUUACUCUCCAUUAGGAGACCCCGAUGUGGAAAACAACUCCAAAGAGGAUGGGUAAUGGUUGGAUGACCCAAAAUAAUGAUUAAUUGGCUACCUCCCAGUUUUCCUUCAGAGGAGUUUAACCAUCUGUUAAGUCAGUUUCUACCCUGGGCUUACAGCUCCUUCUAGCCCAAGAGGAACAGCCUCUUCCAAAAGGCACAUUGGUUUCCCCAAAACUGAACGCCUGGGAUAAUAAUGUUCCUUUCCCGGAGCAAUUUGUAGACACAGUGGGACAAAAAUGGUCAGCCCCGGCUUCAAACAAAAAGCCCAGUCCAACAGCCACCAAAUUUUAUUCUUUACCUCUCAAAGCUGUGGAACUCCUAAAGGUUCUUCCCACAGAUGCUCCUGUGGUGACACUUUUAUUGGGCAUGGUGCUCAAUAAUGAUGGGGACGACAACUUAAAGAGAUGCUUCCUACAAAAAGAUUGAGGCAGGCCUCAAGAGGGCACAUUAAUCUUCUUCCCUUAUUAUUAGCUCAUCUGCCACAGUCUCUAUCAUAGCUAGAUCUUUGCUUCUAUGGGUGGAUGAACUCCUACAGAACCCACUUACUGAUCCAACUAGACUAAAGCAAACACUAUUGAAGAUACAGAAAGUACAAGCUUUUAUAGCUGACGCAGCGUUUGAUUCCAUAUAUUUUUCUGCAUGCUCCACCUUCCAACAGUGGUGGUGUGCAGGACCUUAUGGCUAAAACACUGGCAGGUAGAUGUCAUGUCCAGAUCUAAUUUUGCUUCAGUCCCUCUAUACAGGGUCAAAACUAUUUGGAGAAGAAACCUUCAACGAUGAGUCAAUUGAGACUUAAGGACAAAAAGGUCCUUCCCUCUGCCACAAGGAGGACAGGAGACAAUACAGGAGGCCGCCUCAUUCCUUUUGCCCCUUCAGAACCUCUUACAGACACAGGGACAAGGACAAUAGGAAACAAAGACCCUACUGGAACAAACAGCAUACGUUUAAACAGGGCUCCAGAACAGCACCUCCUUUGCCAACCAGAGCAGGAUGCUUAAGCAACCAUCUUGACUUGUGCCCACUCAUUGUUGGGGGCUGGAUUUCUGAGCACUUUCAUGCUUGGGAAGUCUCCACCUCUGACCUGUGGGUUCUAUAGGACAUUUUUCAAGCCUAGAAUUCAGUACUCCUCCCCCAAACAGACUCCUGAGGACCCGCUGCUCUUGCUAAUCAAGCCAACAUUUGGGGCUCCUACAGGCGAUUCUUCACCUUCUGGAAAUAGGGGCGAUAGAAAAGAUACCUUGGGAUGUUAGAGGGAUCUACUAUGUUUUAUCCACUGUACCCCCAAAAGACGGAUCUCUCUCAGCCAUAUUAGACUCAAAUUUCUGAACAAAUUCAUCAGGUAAAGGAGGUUCAAGAUGAAGACCCUACGCUCGGUGAUGACUCGAUAGACCUCACAGAGGCAUAAUUAUGCAUUCCCAUCCAUCUUGCAAGCCAUCCUUCGCUUUUACUAUGGGGAAAUCCAUUAUCAAUACAAGGUCCUCUCAUUUGGCCUCACAUCGGUACCAAGGGUCUUCACAAAUAUUCUGGUGCCUCAGGGAAAAAAGAGUCUUCACAAAGAUUCUGGCACCUAAAGGGGGUCAGGAUCCUGGCCUACCUGGAAUAUCUCCAGAUAAGGGCUCCAGCUCUCCCAGGGCAAUAGACAUGGCAAUACAGACACUGACACAACAUGGCUUCCUCAUCAACAUGGCAAAGAGCCAUUUCAUCCCCACACAGACGAUCCAGCACCUGGGGGUCAUAAUAGGCACUGUAACGGACAGGCUCUUCCCCCAUCCCACCGCACAGAAAAUCUUAGACAGCAUGUAGGAAAUUACACUAGGCCAAAGGGUGUCCCUGCUAUAUCUGGCUCACCUACUGGGCCUUAUGGUAGCACCCCUAGAUGUGGUACAGUGGGCCCAUUUUCAUCUAAGACCCCUUCAGUGAUUCCUCCUUCCAUAGCAGAAAGCCAUAGCACAAAACACCUGAAAGUGUGCUUAUCACCACAAGUUUACCAGCCCAUUCUGGUGGACCUCCCCAGAAUGGCUAGAGCAAGACAGGCAAUUUCUAGACCCACGCAGGUUAAUUGUAGCCACGGAUGCUAGUCUCACAGGUUGGGGAGCACAUUCACCACUCUUCAUGAGGCAGAUGGUCAAAACAGGAACACAUGCACAGUAUCAACUGGCUGGAGUUGAGGGUGAUUCACAUUGCUUUAUUAGCCUUCAAGCAAUUAGUCACAAACAUACUCAUUUGGAUGGACAACGUAACCAAAAAAGUCCAUGUAAACAGAUGGGGGAGGGGGACUGGGGACUGAUCCUUUCAACAAGGCACUCUCCUUAUACAGUGGGCAAAGUCAAAUCUGUCCUCCCUGUGGGCCCACCACGUCAAGGGGAUUCUCAACUCCCAAGUGAAUUGACAGAACAUCAGUCCAGCAGAGUGGAGCCUUAAUCCCCAGGUCUUCUUCAUGAUCUCAGAGCAUUUCAGUCACCCACAGUUGGAUGUGUUUGCCUCCACAAGCAAUGCCAAGAUGGACAGGGAGCGGAGAUGGUUGACACUCUAUCGAACCCAUGGCCCCUGGCUCGACUUGAUGUCUCCGGUACCAGCGAUAAAUUGAUUCCUAUGCAAGGUACACUUGGACAGAGCAGAAGUAGUCUUUUUAGUCCUGUUUUGGCCCAGGAGGGUCUGUUUCCCAGAGAUCCUGAUUGAUGCAUGACCCACUGGCUUCUGUCAAUAAUCCUAGACCUAUUCCAGCAAGGCCCUGUCCUACACCAGAACCCAGCUUAGUUGAAGUUAGCUGCCAGGAGACUGAAUGGAACCUCUUAAGCCUCCAUGUUUACUCACAUAAUGUACUCAACACUAUCUUAGCUUCACUAUGCCAAUCCACAAAUUGGAUCUAUCAGUACACCUGGAGAGCCUUCUUGCAUUGGUGCACUAAACAUCAAAUUUGGAAGCAUAAAUGUGGAAUAGAGAGCUCUUGCCUUUCUUCCAGAAAGGGCUAGACAAGGGAUUGAAAAUCAAUACCCUAAUAAAAGGCAAGCAGCAGCUAUAACUAGUGCACUAUCCAUGCAAGACAAGAAGGACUUGUCCAACUAUCCUCAUCUUAUGAAAUUCCUCAGAGGGGCCACUCCUCUCUCCACCCAUUUAUAUACAUUGAUUUCCAACUUGGAGUUUGCAUAUGGUGCUUACAAGCUCCUCCAUUUGAACAUAUAUGUUCAAUUCCCCUAAGGUGGUUUUUAUUUAAAUUGGCCUUCUUAAUCACCAUCACCUAUGCUAGGGAAGUAUCAAAAUUACAGGCCCUGUCUGUUUGCAAGCAUUUGUGUGUUUUCACCCCUCCUUCAUCCCCAAACUUUCAUUUGUCUUUCAUUAUUCUCAGGACAUUGUAUUGCUUUAAUUUUUCCCAAAUCCAGUCCAUCACUUGGAGAAGGCCUGGCACAAACUAGAUGAUUGUAGGUGCUUAGACGUGCCUCAAAUGCACAAACUCAUUCCAUUCUACAGAUUCGCUCUUUGUAUCAUACCUGUCUACUUCCAUGGGUCAGAAAGUAUUGGCACCCACUGUAUCCAGAUGGAUUAAGGCAUGUAUUACCUUAGCCUAUGAAACUCAGCAUGUGAGAUUGCCAUCCAAUGUUACUGCACAUUCCACCAGACCAGCAGCACUUUCCACCAAUACUCCCAUUUCAACAAUCUGUAAGGCAGCAGCAUGGGUAUCUCUCAACAUUCACAAAACAUUCAAAGUUUGACAUUUUCAGAUCUGCUACUGCGUCCUUCAGCAGAAGGGUAUUGCAGAAAGCUCUUUCUCUUCAGAAGUCCAGGAUGCCGCAACUGGAUUUCUUAAGCUAUAGCAACUCCCACAGGAGAUGCCCUCCUCCAGCAGCAGAGAAAGGAACAUUGGUUACUUACCGUGAUGGCUGCUUCUUGCUGCUGGAAUGGACAUCUCGACCAGUCCUGUUGGCUUACCUGGAUUACUGAGGAUGCAGUAUUUUCAUUUGCACAAGUAUAUUAUUUCUUCUCCUCUCGGCUGCCUUUUUUCUGCUCAUAGUGAACUUGGACAUUUGAAACUGGGUUGGGCUAUCCUUCCCAAGCUCUUAAAGCUUUCAGUUCAUUGGCAUAAUUCUGCCUCAGGAGCAUGUGGGAAGGAUAACCCACAGAAGAUGUCCUCCAUUCCAGCAGCAAGAAAUUUUCACGGUAAGUAACCAAUGUUCCUUUCCAUUUUUAGAAUACGGUUCUUCAGAUUCUGGCUCUACAGUAUUAACUACUCAUAGAAGUAUAGUUGUACAAAUUAGUAUAAAGAACAACAUUCCACGUAUAUGUCUGUAAACAUGUAGAAUUUUCUCCAAUGUUUAAUUUUGUUUUUCAAAUCUUUUCUGAAUUGAUUGCUUUGGGAUGCAUAAUUAUCUUGCCACAGUAAUAACUUUAUUCUAACAUUUUCGUUAAGGUUUUUAACCAAUUGCCUUGCCUGUACAGUUUUUUUUUUUUUUUAAGUAUUAGCAUGACACUUUCAAUAAUAAAGGGCUUGGGAAGAAUUGCAAAACACUGUAGACACUCUGUGAACCCAGGCACUGUCUUGAAAAAUGAUACUGCAUUUGUUUGCCUAUUUAACAUCAUCUUCUGUAUUUCUUGUACAGCACAGAGCUGCAUAGUAACUUUAUUUUAAUAAACAGUUUGAAAUGGG